AUGCUUGUAGACGAAGCUGAAGAAUCAGUGGUAGUAGUGUCCUGCUGCGCUUUGCCUGCAGCAGCUUCACUAAGUAUUGUGGUGAUAGAUGCUGGGACUAAAAACAUGUUAGCGCCAACGCUCGAGCAUAAGGAGAGAGCCAAACUUGUAGCACUGGCUACAGCGUCUCCUGAACAUUUCGAAGCAAAGCAUUCACCUAUUAUUCCUGCCCAAUGGGGCAUAACACAAAAACAUCCAGUAUCCCAAUAUGGACAUGGCGUAUUGUCUGUAGGUAUAUCAACACAUUCUUUACCACAUUCUGGUAACCUGGUGUAA